CUCAUAGCUGGUAUUCACUCGAAUCCACUGCUGCAUUUAUACACAUACCCGAGAAUGACCACCCCAGAAUAUGACUAUUACGAACUGACCUCCGAUUACAGUUCGGAGCACGGAUCCGACUACUCCGAUAUUCCCAUCAAGUGCGAAGCGGAGGAUCCCCAAAGCUUCCUCAAUGUCUUCCAGCCCUGCAUCCUGGCUGUCAUCUUUGUUCUGGGAAUGGUCGGCAACAUCCUGGUCCUGAUCAUCUACACACUCUACCGGCGGUUAAAAUCCAUGACCGACGUCUUCCUCCUAAACCUGGUGCUGGCUGACCUGCUCCUGCUCCUCACACUCCCGUUCCGGGCGGUGGACGCACGCCACGGCUGGCUCUUCGGAGGCUGGCUGUGCAAGGUGGUGCGCAGCCUUUACAGCAUCAACUACUACAGCGGCUUCCUGUUCCUCACCUGCAUCAGCGUUGACAGGUACAUAGCGAUCGUCCUGGCCACCGUCGCUCACAAACUCAGACCGCAGACCAUUUUCUACAGCAAGGUCAGCUCCGCCCUGGUGUGGCUGGUCUCCGUGGUUAUGAGUGUGCCGGAAAUGGUUUGGAGCAAAGUGGUGAAGAUGGACGACCUGCACUGCGAGAUGAUCUUGGACGUGGAAGACAAGGUCGUAAAAGCUGCCACCCAGUUCGCGCAGGUGACGGUUGGGUUCUGGCUCCCAUUUGUCGUCAUGUUCUUCUGCUAUUCGGUCAUCACCAGGACCCUGUUAAAAGGAAGAAGCUUCCAAAAACUCAAAGCCCUGAAAGUCAUCGGCGCACUGGUGCUUCUUUUUGUCCUCUUCCAGCUGCCCUACAGCGUCGUUCUGUUCCUGAAGACCACCGAUUGGCUAGGGAGCAAGCAGGUGAACUGCGGCAUCUGGGGACUCAAGCACGUGGCAGAGGGCGUGACCUGCAGCCUGGCAUUUCUCCGGUGCUGCCUCAACCCGCUCCUCUAUGGGUUUGUGGGGGUCAAGUUCCGCAAUGACGUCCUUCUGCUGUUCAGGGACCUCAGGUGUAUGAGCCGGUCCCAGUACAGCAGUCCCAUCAGGGGCCUUCCAAGCAGCAGCAACAGGUUUUCAUCCGUCUCCAACCGAACUACAGAGUCGUCUUCGGUGUUCUCUCUGUAGUUUCUUUGUUGUAGGGCUGUGCUGAUAUUCGUGCAUGCCUUUAAGUAGCAUUUAUCGGCAGUUUGUUUUAUUUUAGCAGAUGCCUUUAUCCAAGGCGACUUACAGAGACUAGGCUGUGUGAACUAUGCAUCAGCUGCAGAGUCACUUACAAUUACGUCUCACCCGAAAGACAGAGCACAAGGAGGUUAAGUGACUUACUCAGGGUCACACAAUGAGUCAGUGGCUGAGGUGGGAUUUGAACCGGGGACCUCCUGGUUACAAGCCCUUUUCUUUAACCACUGGACCUCACAGCCGGCAGGUAUGAAAGAAAUCUAUUCAUUAAGGUGCUGUUUUCAAAGCAACUUAAAAGCUGUCCUUACCUCACCUUUGCAAGUGAGUACCGCUCAACGGCAAGAUACUUCCCUGCAUUGGGUCUUUUAAAAGCAGACUGGAAGAUCUUCAGAUGUGCUCCUUCGUAAAUGUUGGGUGACUCUGUAUGCAGCAUAUGUGUAUUGCACAUGUGGGCGUAUGUCAUAUUCCAUUGUGUCUUUUUUUCCAGUGCUGCACUGGAAUUGACAAACAAUCUGUAUGUGCUUUAGAAUUGUAAAUACCAAAUUUGGUAGUAUUUAGCAGCAUUGAUCAUUUAUGCAAUCGACUGUAUCAUGUUUUGGUAUUUUACAGAAUAAUUUAGAUUGUUUUAGAAAUUAGAAAACUGUAUGCUUUCCGUAAGAUGAUAAGACUUUUUAGCUAACGAGUUUAAUUCCAGUGUGAACAAUCAAUCGUAAUUUCUGCCUGUGCAAAUUAAAGCCUGUGUAGAAUUGUAUCUUACUCAUUUGUCAGUGAAACUCACUUGCUGAUCAGAACUGACCGUAGGUACAACUUCAAAAAUUUGACUUGUAAUAUUUAUUGUUACCACAAGAUGGAGCCUGUGUUUCAAUUUUAUUAUAUUACAUGUUAACUUGUUGUGUGUCAUGCAAUAUUUAUUUUGACCACCA